AGAAGAGAAUGUGCCCAGUGUCUGGGAUCUCAGUGGUGGAGAUGUUGUGUUCGGGGAGGGUCGACUUUGAGCUGACAUUGAGAGUGACGGUCUGUGCUUCUUAACAUCUCUGGACGCUCAUGGUAGACGGAGCUGCUCGUGUCUCUGGCUCUUUCCCCCUGUCCUUCAGCACCACUGAAUUGGACAGCACCAGGCAACCAGACCCUCCUUCACCUUACCCCUCAGGAUAGCUGUUUGCUUCACUUGACUUCAUGGAAACAUUUUGCACGGGUUUGGAAAAGUAAAAUUCCAAGUGUCUGAUUUGGAGAGGAACCAACGGAUACGCCCCGCCACAACCAAACUGGCAGGAAAACUGUUCCAGUGUCAGUGUCAAGCUUCUUUGGCGUUGUUUGACUCUAGUCGUGGGUUACCCGAACCGCGAAGCUGCUGUCUACGUGGACCGGUGCUGAACUCUCCCGUCCCACUGCCAGGACCAAACCCAGAGACAUGGCCACGAACGGCACGAAAGCAUCCGAUGGACACGUUUUAACAGAGCUGAACGAAGCGCCCACCGCCAAUGACAAACCAAAAACUCUGGUGGUGAAAGUUCAGACGAAAAAGGAACUUCCCGACAGAGAAACGUGGCAGGGAAAAUUUGACUUUCUUCUGUCUUGUGUUGGCUAUGCCAUUGGACUUGGCAAUGUCUGGAGAUUUCCCUAUCUAUGUGGAAAAAACGGAGGAGGGGCGUUCUUGAUUCCUUACUUUUUGACCCUCAUAUUUGCUGGGGUCCCGUUGUUCCUUCUGGAAACAUCCCUCGGUCAGUACACGUCCAUUGGGGGUCUUGGAGUGUGGAAACUGGCCCCUAUGUUCAAAGGUGUUGGCCUGGCAGCAGCAGUCCUGUCGUUCUGGCUUAACAUUUACUACAUAGUCAUAAUCGCUUGGGCAAUUUACUACCUGUAUAACUCAUUCACCACAGAGCUCCCCUGGAAAUCUUGCGACAACCCUUGGAAUACAGACAAAUGUUUCUCAAACUACAGCAUGGCAAACACCGCCAAUAUGACGAGCGCCGUCCAGGAGUUCUGGGAACGUAACAUGCAUCAACUGACUGAGGGUUUGGAUACGCCAGGAGAGAUAAGACUGCCACUAGCAAUAACACUGGCCAUUGCCUGGGUUCUGGUCUAUUUUUGUAUCUGGAAGGGCGUAGGCUGGACUGGAAAGGUGGUAUAUUUCUCAGCGACAUACCCGUACUUCAUGCUGUUUAUUCUGUUCAUCCGUGGAGUGACGCUGCCUGGGGCGAAAGAGGGCAUUUUGUUCUAUAUCACGCCUGAGUUCAGCAAGCUGAAAGAAUCAGAGGUGUGGCUUGAUGCAGCCACUCAGAUCUUCUUCUCUUACGGUCUGGGCCUGGGCUCUCUGAUCGCCCUUGGGAGCUACAACCCUUUCAACAAUAAUGUUUACAAAGAUUCUAUCAUCGUCUGCUGCAUCAAUUCCUUCACCAGUAUGUUCGCUGGAUUCGUCAUUUUCUCUAUCGUAGGUUUCAUGGCCCACAUCACACAGCGGCCCAUAGCAGACGUGGCUGCAUCAGGGCCGGGGCUGGCAUUCUUAGCCUACCCAGAGGCGGUCACACAGCUGCCCAUCUCACCGCUCUGGGCAAUCCUGUUUUUCUCCAUGUUGCUGAUGCUUGGCAUUGACAGUCAGUUCUGUACGGUGGAGGGCUUCAUCACUGCUCUCGUUGACGAGUUCCCCCGCUUGCUACGAGGAAGACGAGAGAUCUUUAUCGCUGUUGUCUGCCUCGUGUCUUAUUUGAUUGGCCUGUCAAACAUCACACAGGGUGGCCUCUAUGUGUUCAAACUGUUUGACUACUAUUCUGCCAGUGGAAUGUGUCUGCUGUUCCUGGUGUUCUUUGAAUGCAUCUCCAUAUCCUGGUUCUAUGGUGUCAAUAAAUUCUACGGCAAUAUUGAGGAGAUGAUUGGAUACAAACCCUGCAUUUGGUGGAAGCUGUGCUGGGUCGCAUUCACCCCUCUGAUUGUGGGGGGUGUGUUCCUCUUCAGCGCCUUUCAGAUGGUCCCGCUUAAAAUGAAGAAUUACGUGUUCCCAAAUUGGGGGCAAGGUGUAGGCUGGUGCAUGGCCCUGUCGUCCAUGGUUCUUAUCCCAGGAUACAUGGGCUACAUGUUCCUCACCCUGAAGGGCUCAUAUAAAGAGCGCCUUCGGAUAAUGACUCAGCCCAUGACGGUGGUUCGGACUCAAGAGAACGGGCCAGAACAGCAACCUGAAAACCCCACUCCAGCCAAUGACGAGGCCUACAUCUAACCGCCCUCCCCCUGCUUCACCCUGUAUGAUCAAAGGUCAACGUUCAGAGAGAGAAUAAAAGAGUAAUCACGGUUGAUCACAACCAAGGACUUCCAUGUCUAGAGUAUAUUCACCUACCUCCAAGGGAAACCCAACCUGAUUACAGUUUGAAUUGUUUUGGUACAUAUAUACAUAGGGUCCACAAAAUCUGUCCAGCGAUGUUCUAGGGUUAAUCUAUAUUUCAUAUGCAACAUAUUAGUCUUUCUAAAAAAGAAAAAGAAAAAGAAGAAGAAGAAGAAAGGGUGACGGUGUAACCAGAGGAUAUAAUUUAAAUGAUAAUUCAAGAUUUGGCAUCCCAAUGUAAUUUCAACACCACCGUGUUAAUUUGAUAUUACAUGUAAUUAAUGUAUUAAAAAUGCAGUUGUAGGUUAGAAUCGAAUUGUAUCUGAUUGUAUCUGAAAAAAAAAAAUAUAUAUAUAUAUGUAUAUAUAUAUAUAUACACAUUUAUACAUCUAUAUAAAAGCAGGGAGCGAGAAUAUGGGAGCGUGCAACGGGGCAAGAUGAACCUUGGAUACGGUUACGUAGCCAGACGACACUUUUCAAGACUCUACCGUUUCAAAUAGCCCUUCUCCCGUUUAGCCCUCGGGCAAACCCUGAAAAGCACAAGACCAGUAUGGAUUUGGUUUACAAACGCCCCAGGCAGCGAUGAAUUACCAGCCGCGGGUGCCAAUUGACGUCAAAAAAGACUGUUACUAUUUUUUUCCUUUUUUUAUUUUCUAAGACAAAAUAA